CUAAAAAGUGCAAAAGUGCGAAUAAAUUACUUACAGAAGAGACCGGAAUAAAAUUUCUGCCAUGAAAACCGGUAGAACGAGGAUGGCAAGUGGCUCCUCUCAUGGAAAACGGUGUGACAGUGUUAUUCCAGUCAUCUGACGGAAUCGGCGCCAAAAUCGAUACCAUAAACACGGACUGCAGUGCUCACAACACAAUGCCCGCCGUCGAAGGCACACUUUAUACGAAAUUUGUUCUAACUGUGCGAAUUAAUUUCUAAACUAUAACGACUGUGAUUAACUUUUAUGUGUGUUUCCUUGAAAUAUUUUAAAAUUCAAAUGUAUUCUUAUUUAUCGUGAGAAUGUAAAAGAACACUCGUUUCGUGUGCGUAUAAUUAAAUAAAGAUAUGUGUUGGUUGAGAAAAUGGACCCAAAGAUUGUUGGUUUUAUAUAAAAGUUUAUAACUAAGUUGCGGAGAAGAUACAUGGUGUGAGCUGGCCGAAGCCGCUCGCGCUAGUCUUUGGACGCAGAUGUUGGGGUCCAAGCUCCAAAUUGUCCUUACUUUGCGACCAUGGAGAGCGAGGAUAUUAAAAAAACAUGGCAACAAAAAUUACUAUUUUAUACUACAGCUUUCUUCGUGCUGCUUGGUAUUUUUAGCUUAUUUUCAUUUUUAUUCCUUGUGCCUUUUGUCAUCGACCCGGCUUUUACAACGAUUUUCAUGGAGUUCGACGAAGAACCCGCUUAUUGUGUGACCUUAAGGACCGACAGACGCUUAGGUGCAUCAAAUUGUAGUUGGACGUCUUGUAGAGAAGGCUGCACAAAAGAUAUUUAUACUUGCACACAAAUUUUUGUAAAUUAUAAAGCUGCAAACCGUUCCAACAUAUCGGUCUCGUCAACUGUACAACCAUCAGCUCUUCUACGUAGAAAACGAGCUAUUGUGGAAGAUUAUGAUUAUGACGAUGAAUCUAAUGAUUCAGAUGAUGAUGAUUUUGGUUGGUCCUUUCAGGAAGCAAAACUAUUUCCUAACGUGAAGGGUUGUGGUUAUCCUCCUAUGCUCAACUGUUCAAUUUUUUUAAAAAAAUACCAGGAAAUCGGAUCAAAUUUUUCAUGCUAUUAUAGUAGAGUGGAUCCCAGUUUGGUGAUAAGUCACUUGGAUAUGUGGCAAGUCUAUAUGAACUUGGUGUAUGCCAUGGCAAUACCUAUUCCUUCGUUUAUUAUAUCUGUAGUGUAUUUGGCGAUAGCUUAUUUUAAAAUAUAUAACGAAGAUGAAGAAGAAGUUCCUUUAAAGAAAAAUGCCGAAGAUAUUGACAUGGAAGGAGAUAGUGGACCUGAAGGAACACCAUUACCACCAGCUAGUGGGGGCUUGACACCAGCUAGCGAAGCCUUUAGAGAAGAUUUAGCGAGUUUUGGCCACCACCUCAAAGUUGCAAUGGUAGAUGAUAUAAGUCGAGAGAAUCUCGCUGAUGGCGUCAUCACUUCUAUUUCAAUUGGAGGAAACAUCGCGAAGACUAUGACAACCAGCAUUUCGACCACAGGAGGUCCAGUCGCUGACAUAUAAAAUAUAUGAGCCGUGAAAUUACUGUUCUCGGGCUUAUAUUUUUCGUUUCUCUCGUAAAUCUUAGGAUAAAUUCAAAAUCAGUUUGAUCUGAAAAUAUAUGACUUACGUUCCUCUCAAAUAAGAUAGUACGUAUGAAUUUUUUUAUUUAUUCUUUUUGAGAAUGAAUCUUUAUUCGAACGUGAAUUUUUAUUAUUUCAAAGUUUUUUCAAUACAGUUCACUUGUCCUUCAAUUUGUUAGAAUCGAUGUUUUCUAAUAAUAAUUAAUGGUGAUGGGGACGCACGCACAUUAUAGAACUGGCAGUUGAACUUAUCAUCAAUAAAAUGCAAAGAAGCAUUGAAACAUUAAACACAAUUCAAUAAGAUAGGGAUAAUAGGAUCACUAUCAGUAAUUAUUCUAUGAAUUAAUAAAAUUUUGUUAUAA